GUGAGGUUGGGCAUAGCUAGAGGGAGUAGUGAGCGCAGCACCAGACUGCUGUUUCGCCGUAGAAGGGACAACAGCGUCGGAUGAUUUUUAUCGAAAACCAUUUUGCUACAGAAGGAAGCACAGGGGGUCGGAACCGAACAUUAGACAGAGGGUUUUAACAGUUUAUGGAGAAAAUGGAUGUGCCACACGUGGAACACAAUCUCAGAAGUCCCACGAGUCCGUGCGUGGACCUGAAACCCUUGGAAAACCUACAUCUGUGCGACAGAGAAGGAACCCAGUCGGCAGACAGCGGGGUCGGGGAGCUGGACGACCUGCCGGUCCCCCACCAGAUCAGCAUCAGCAACAUCACCUGCGACUCCUUCAAGAUCAGCUGGGACUCAGACGCACGCGGGAAGGAGAGGAUCACGCACUACUUCAUAGACCUGAACAAGAAGGAGAACAAGAAGGAGAACAAGUUCAAACACAAGGACGUCCCCACCAAGCUGGUGGCGAGGGCCGUCCCCCUGCCCAUGACGGUGCGAGGCCAUUGGUUCCUGAGCCCGCGCACCGACUACACGGUGGCUGUGCAGACGGCCACCAAGCAGGCGGACGGGGACUACGCCGUGUCCGAGUGGAGCCAGGUCAUCGAGUUCUGCACGGCAGACUACUCCUCGGUGCAUCUGAAUCAGCUGCUGCAGAAGGCAGAGGUCAUCGCUGGUAGGAUGCUCCCCUUAACAGUCCUCUACAGAAACCAGGAGGAGGAAUACUUCAACCAGGCUAGCCCCUCCUAUCGUUCCAGGGACUCCCAGUGUCACCGCAUGCUGCCGGCCGUCAAGGACAACAGCGGCAGCCACGGCUCACCCAUCAGCGGCAAGCUGGAGGGCGUCUUCUUCAGCUGCAACACAGAGUUCAACACGGGCAAGCCCCCCCAAGACUCCCCCUACGGACCCUACCGCUUCCAGGUGCAGGCAGAGGUGCUGUUCAACCAAAACACCAACCUCUACUUUGGGGAUUUCUACUGCAUGUACACGGCAUAUCACUACGUCAUCCUGGUCUUGGCCCCUGAGGGCUCCAAAGGAGACUUGUUCUGUAAAGGACGGUUGCCUGCUCUGGACAGAUCCAACAACAGGUUCCUGACCUGUGUGGAAGGGGUAGACGGCACUCUGAGUUUCCAACAUGCACAAGACGUCACUCUGGAGUUGGUCUACACGGAACCAGUGGACUUGUCGCUCGGAACGGUAGCGGCAAUAAGCGGCCACCAACUUCGUAGCUCGUCCACUGUCAACGCUAAGAAGGAUCCCAGCUGCAAGAUCUGUAAUAUUAGCGUUGGACGCUAAUUUUGAUGAGCUUAUCAAGCUAAUCCGAACACUCCCAAGGUAACAUCGGUCAGCUAUAUCAAGCUAACUCAAACAAUCCCAAGCUAACAUCGGUUAUCUCGAAAGCUAACCAACAACUCCUUUGCUAAUAUUGGUUAGCAAGCAAUCUAACUGAACCCUCCCAAAAGUUAUCAUGUUCACCAGUGUUUUAACUUAAUUUGCUAACCAUAAACUUUAUUUUCAGUGGGUCAAUUUGCAGUCCAGAUAUUCAACUGCUGUAUGUAAAAAUUGAGAUCUAAAUAAAUGUUCUUGCACAUUCAUUUGUGUAUUUUACCCAUUUUGAUGCCAAAUGUAGCAUACCAUAGUGACUUUCUGGAUUAUCUUGCAGCGACCAUGUUACUCAUUACUGCACUGUGACUGAACGACUGCUUCUUACUAGCAAAGCAAAAUUAGGAUUUUAGGAAGAUAAGUCAGUAAGUCCUUUUCAAAGGUGCAUGAUGAGUUGAUUUAAGUGUUAUCACAAUUUGGCACUGUGUAGAAAUAGCUUUUCUCUAGUUAGCCAGUGUGUGUAGCCUAUAUCAGAUGUCAUAUUUUUCUGAUGCUCAGUCCCUUAACCACGUAAAGAAUUUGUCACAUGCUUAACACCGAACCAUCAUUUAUCAGUUGCCUCAAUGAUUUGAAUCUAAUUUUAAUCUACAAUUAAAAUGACCAUGGGUCCUGUC